AGCAGCCAUCUUUGUUGGUUCCCCACCACACCCAAGCGGUUGGAGCGAGUGACGGACUCGAUAAGGGUCGAUCUUGGACCCUUUUUGGAGCCCUCUGUUAUCUCGCAAGACAGAUGGAACUAGAAAAUAUUGUUGCCAAUACAGUAUAUUUGAAAGCGAGAGAAGGCGGUGGCGGCAAAAGAAAAGGAAAAAGUAAGAAAUGGAAGCAGAUACUGAGAUUCCCCCAUAUAUCACAAUGCAUGGAUAUGAAGACAAAAAUACCUAUGACUUACAAGUAUUUGGUUGAACAACAGCCUAUAGGAAGGGAGUUGUUUCGAUUGUUCUGUGUAAAAAAGCCCGUGUUUGCUAGGAUAAUUUUCUUCCUGGAUUCUGUGAGUGAAUAUGAGUUGGCUCCAGAUGAAAAGAGAAUGGCCUUGGCUGAGAAGAUUCUGACGAAAUACCUCAAGGCAGAGUCCAAUGACUACUUGAGUCAGAUUAACGGGAACCAGAUCCUUGCUGUCAAAGAGGCCAUGGCAGUCAAAAAUUCAAGCAAGGAACUCUUCAGCUCAUGUUCAGGGGUCAUGGAGGAUUACCUGAACUCUGAACCCUUCACAGAAUUUCUGGAGAGCAUGUUUUUCAAACGCUAUUUGCAAUGGAAAUGGUUAGAAAGUCAACCUGUGACCAAGAACACGUUCCGGAUGUAUCGAGUACUUGGUAAGGGUGGGUUUGGCGAGGUGUGCGCAUGCCAGGUGCGGGCCACUGGCAAGAUGUACGCCUGCAAGAAGCUAGAGAAGAAACGAAUCAAGAAGAGGAAGGGGGAACCUAUGGCUCUUAAUGAGAAACAGAUCUUGCAGAAAAUCAACUCUCGUUUUGUGGUUAGUUUAGCCUAUGCAUUUGAGACAAAGGAAGCUCUAUGUCUAGUGUUAACAAUAAUGAAUGGGGGUGACCUCAAGUUCCACAUCCACAAUAUGGGCAACCCAGGCUUCCCCGAGGAACGUGCAUGGUUUUAUGCAGCAGAAAUUACAUGUGGGCUGGCAGACUUACAUAAAGAAAACAUAGUUUAUAGAGAUCUGAAACCAGAAAAUAUAUUAUUAGAUGAUUAUGGUCAUGUAAGAAUAUCAGACUUAGGCUUGGCUGUAGAAAUUCCUGCUGGAGAGUUGAUACGGGGGCGUGUUGGUACGGUGGGAUACAUGGCACCGGAGGUGGUGAAGAACGAGAGGUACACAAUGAGCCCGGACUGGUGGGGCCUAGGAUGCAUAAUAUAUGAAAUGAUAGAGGGCAAGGCGCCAUUCCGGGCGCGGAAGGAGAAAGUGAAGAGAGACGAGGUAGAUCGACGGGUCAAGGAAGACACAGAGACUUACUCCUCUAAGUUCUCAGAAGACUGCCAGGCGGUAUGUCAAGCGUUACUACAAAAGAACCCCACAUGUCGGUUAGGGUGCAACUCAGAGGGAGCAGCUGAAGUGAAGGCUCACACAUUCUUCAAAAAUAUCAACUUCAGAAGGCUAGAGGCUGGGAUGUGUGAGCCCCCGUUUGUACCAGAUCCUCGGGCAGUAUACUGCAAGGAUGUGUUGGACAUAGAACAGUUCUCCACUGUGAAGGGUGUCAACCUAGAUGCCAGUGAUGACACUUUCUACAGCAAGUUCAACACAGGCAGCGUAUCCAUACCAUGGCAGAGUGAGAUGAUAGAGACUGAGUGCUAUAAGGAAUUGAAUCAGUUUGCUUAUGAUGGAGGACCUAGUCCAGAUCUUAUAGAAGACAUGCCACCCCCACCUCCACAACGGGGCUUCUUUGAUAGGUUAUUUCACAGGCGAAGGAACAGAGAUCAUUAUUCUUAAGGGAUUAACCUCUCCAGGGUACAGCCCAAGGCCCAUUACCAUGGAAACAGUAGAGUGUGAUUGACCAUCUUGUGACUCAGUUCUAGAGAUUCUAUUGGAUGGUUGAAGCAGUGGAAAAGUCUUGUGAGGCAGCGGCAAUGCUGCCAUUGUGAGUCAUCCAAUGUCACUAAGUCAGCGUGUCGUGUCGUCAUGGUGACUAAAUAACCACUGCAGGGUAAAUGGUCAGAUCAACUUGCCUCAUAUAGUGUUCACUCAAAAAAAAUACAACUUGGACCUUUUCACUAGAGUGCAAACCUACUGAUAUAUACAUAUAUAUAUGCAUCCGCUUGCCAAAUGACAAUGGGUACAUUAGUGUGAGGUCCAAGAGGUCUUGGAUGUAUCUGCCAGGAAGAUGUAGGACCAGAAUUACAGCUAGCUUGAGGCAGAUCUCCAAGGACUUCUAGGAGGUUGACACCAGUGCACCGGACUUCUCAUUUUGGUGCAGUAGCGUGUUGUUCCAAAUCAAGAAGCUGUUUCUCCCCCAUCCUUCAGCUGACGACAUGCUUGCUCUGUCAGUGAAACAGAUGGUAGUCUCGUGCAGCUUCGUUGGGCUUCUUGGCUGUGUGUCUUCUCCUGUGUUGUUGGUGUCGUCAUCGUUGUCGUCGUCAUCUUGCUGUCCUCACUGUCAGUGUCGGAUCAUUACUGCAUUGCUACCUCAGUCGAGUUCAUCAUGAAAACAACUACAAGAGAUUUGACCAGCAUCCUUGUCACUACCAUCUUCACUCACUCUCUUCCAAGGCAGAUAAUACACAAACUUGGGCUGAAUCCAUGCUCAACAGUAUUAUAAACCAAUUCCAAGGCAGGAGUUACUCCAGAUUAUCUCCCCUUGCUCAGGGUGGGUUAUCUCCCUUGCUCAAGGGCCUCAGUGUUGUAUCCUGCUAAUGGUAGGCUGGUAUCCUACAUCAGCAUAAUACUUACAUGAUCACCUCUAGGAAGACCACAAUAGUGUAUAAAGCAUAGUUAUCUAUGUUAGCUCCUUGCAGGGGCAGUAUCUAUUCGAUUAUGUACCUGUGUGAAUGAGAGUUUGUGUUUGUGUUUGUGUGAAUUUGACAUAUUUCUUUAUGCAGCUCCACUGGAUAUUACUAGGAUUAAAAGUGCUUUGUUUCUGUAGUGACUGCAUUUGUUCGUGUCCUCCUGUUCGGAGAUUUAGAAGGUUGAACCUCAUUAUGUCACAGUUUGUUUUUGUAUAGGGUAAGAUUAUGGGACAAUAGUGUUGAGGGUAUCUCUUGUUAUUUUGUUAUGUCAUGGAAAAUUCAAUCAUGGAACAAAAUUGUUAAACAAACCAGAAAAUCAUGUGAAAAUAUGCAGGAAUUAUUCAAAGUUCCUUGCCUGAAAUUUGUUGAUUUCUCAUAGGUAAUGUGUGUAUGAAAGGGUAAUCAACGUCACAUCAGUGUAUGAAAUUGUUGUGUAGCAAAUGUGAAUGGCAAGAGUUAGAUCUGAGGUAUAUGUGAUGUGUUUCGAUGUGUUUCGAGAGAGUGUUCACCACUAACACCAUCUUCUUACAUCCAGGCUAAUUCCUAUACUGUUCCAAUUACCAACCCAUAUCCUGUGGACAUGAGAUUCUUGUUUGAGAACAAAUCAAAGCUUUGCCAUAUCAAAGAACGGAUGCUCAGAGAAUACUUGCUUGCCCAUUGAAGAUCUCUGUAUCAUUAAGGCUAUCUUUUAGAGGUUACAUUUUAUUUGAAAAAAAUAUGUGAGCCUGUUUUAUCAUGUCCAUUGAAUUUUGACAUUAGAACAGUUUUGAGAUAUCUAUUGAAUAUAUCAGGGAGUAAGUGAUAAAGAUUGGCUAAAUGUAUUUGUUAGUCCCUGGUGCUAUGUAACUGUCAGCUUUAAGUUGUUGAGAACAAAAAUGAGCCUUGAUAACAAAGUGGAUUAUGUAAGUUAGGUGUUCAAUAAAUGCUUGUGAUGCAUCUCUUACAGUGGCCAGUAGAUUUCAAUACAUAUUUGUAUUAAUCAGCUUGGUUGAUCCAAACUGGUGUUCAAAUGGUGACAUAUGGUUAGUCAUCUCCAGAUAAGAUGAAAUCCAAGGGAUUUUUGGAAUAAGUUUUUUUUCUCUAAAUUUGGAAUUCACAGAAACAAAUAAGUUAAAUUACUAACCAUUUGCUGGCAGGCUGCUUAUUGACUUUGUAAUUGCUGUUUAUUAUCCCUUUAUUUUCAUCAAAUCUGGAUUUGACUGUUAGAGGACCAAAUUCAUUUCCUCUUCCGUUGCCUCGGAACAUGGUCCAUGUCUAAUCUGUUUCAUGUUACUUUCUGUAUAGUGUGAAGUGAGUUGAAUUUAAAGUUUCAACUGUGAUGAUUUCCAUUGGAUCAUGGAAUGAUAUGAUAUCCUGCAAUUAUGCAGAUUUUGGUAAAUCAGGUUAAUAUUAUUUAUUUCCAAUGUAACAGGUUUAUACUGCAGGGCUAUUUUUGAAUGACUUACCAGAGAUAUAUAUGGAGUUAGAAUAUCUGAAUAUGAUACUGACUCCUGACCCACAACUUACAGGGAUUUGCCUGUUUACCUACUAUUUCUUACAAAGUAUUUAUUCAACAUUUUAGCAUCUAAUGCAGUAUAUGCUAAAUGAUUUAAAGACAUUGGCAUGACACCUUUUUGAAUUAUUAAUGGCCUCUAAGUUAUCUGUAUUGGCCAUGGAAUGCAAUGGAGAAUCAUUUUGAACAAAUAAAGAUUUUCCUUGUGUGGGGGCCUCUUUAAUUCUUUACAAAUUACAAUGUUUGGCGUAUGAUGAAGCUUUCCUUCCUCCUCUCUCUCUCCCCCUUCCUCCUCUCCCUCUCCCCCUUCCUCUUUCUCUUUCCCCAUAUCCCCCUUCCUCCUCCUCAAAUGCUAUUAUUUCCUUUUGAGAAUUACUGCUGCAGUCGGAUUCUGAUUCAGUGUUAGAUAUUUGCUUCUGAAGAAUGUGACAAACUGCUUCUUAAGUGAAACUCUUUUUGAACUUUUGCUGGAUAUCUUUUUAAAAGGUUUAUGAAUCUGAUGAUCACAUUGUCAGGUUAUUCUUUUCAUAAAGGAUCUUUCAUUCUGUCAUUACUUGAUACUGAAAACUACUUCAGGUUUUCACAGCAGUUGAAGGGUAGUUGAGCGCAUUAUUAGUUUACUUUGCCAAAUUUACUAUAUUUUCUUGAUUGUUUUUCUAUAUAUUUCUAUUUAUAAGAAUUCAUCAUUUAGUCAUGUUCUAGUUAUCCAGUAACUUUCUCUACUUUUCAAAAAGAGGUUAUUUUGUCAUAAAUAUGCUCACAAUAAUACAAUGAGAAAGAUAUGCUGAAUUCUUUUGCUUUUUUUCAGAUAUAUAUUUUUAGGUAUAACCAGUUUAUUCAUUAUUCUAUCUACCAGCUUAUGUGUGAAAGCUGUUGAAUAUUGUUGAAUAUUGAUAACCUAUCUAAUUUUCACAUGGAUUUCCUUUCAAUAGAGAUGCUCUUUAUGAAUAAUAACAUCUUCUCUGACCUAUCAAGGUGAAGUUAGUUUUCUGCUGUUAUUAGAACCUUGGAACAUUUUGAGUAAUAAUGAAUUAAUGAUGUGAAUCUUAUGUCUGAUGUGUUGCUUGCUACCAAAACAUAGAGCCUCCUUCAUAUUUGUGGUAAAAAACUGACCUUGCGAAAAUUGCUGAAUAAGCUUUUUCAUUUUCAUCAAACUUGAUGUUGAGGGUGUUUUUGAUGUUAUGUGUGCAUUUUUACACAAUUGCAAUAGAACAAUUGAGAUUUGGAUCCCUUUUUGACACAUACUGUUACUUGUUAACAUGGUUGUGUUUACUGCAUCUCCUUCAUUAAUCUCAUGAGUUUCUGAUUGGUCUUUGUCUUGACAAGGAAGGAGUAACAUUGUCCGUGUAGCUCAUUUAACCAUUUGUUUCUACAGUGAGAAUUUUUCUUAUUCCAUCUCCACUUUUCUGAAACAAAUGUCCUGGAUAAUUUACUUGAAAAUUAUCAUUUUAAAAUAUAUAAUUAGUAUUUUUCAAAGUGUCUGGCCUCCAGAUCCUGAUAGUGAUAGUUAACAAUAGGGCUAAAUAUGCUUGAAAUCUGUUGAUGUCCUUCAAAAUAUGUGACAGUGUUGGACAAUGUUGGUCAAACAUCCAAAUACCUCGUAGGAGGUGCAUAUUUUUUUCUGACGUAGCACAGGAUAGCUAUUGUGUUUUUACACAUACUUAUAUACUAUCUCAAAGGGUUGAUUGAGGCAGUGACAUUGAAAUCAGGUCAGGGUGAUAGUUGUGAUUUAUGGUAUAGUGGCAAUUUAGAGACAGGAAUGAGGAAGGGGGUAGCAUUAUGUUUAACAUUGUUAAAAAUAGUUCAGUUACAUGACUAUUAGAACUUU